AUGGUCCUGAAUCUGCACUCAGACACCAAGCAGAUUGGAAGGCACAUUCAGGGUCGGGUUAACAAAAGUGUAUUCUACCUACUCGUCCUUGGCGUUGGCCUUGUGUUAGUGCCAAGUGUCGCAGCCACUUUUGAUCCGGAAGUCAUUUGCACUUUGGUCGUCGAUGGCACGAAGAUGAAUGAUCCGCGCACCUGCAAUGCCUGGAUACAGUGCGUGGAUGGCAAGCCCGUGAGCGGCACCUGCGACAACGGUCUCUUCUAUGAUAGGGAGAGUGAGGAUUGCGUGCCGUCCACUGAUAUCAAGUGCAUCUCCAGCGAUCCAUGCGCGGCAGAGCCGAAUGGCUUCGCCCCCGAUCCGUACUCUUGCAAUGGCUAUUACUAUUGUGCAGAUGGCGUGGGUAAGCGUGGCGUCUGCAACCCCGGACUGAACUACAAUCCGGGCACUGAGUCCUGCAUACGUGAUUUUCCGUGCGUGGCCAAAAUGGAUCCCGACAGCUAUUGCAACAUUCUGCCCGAUGGCGUCUUCAUCAAGGACCAGCUCAAUUGCAAUGGCUACGAGAUGUGCUGGAAGGGCGAAGUGAUCCAAGACACCUGCCCAGGCACCUUCUACUUCAACGCCGAAAAGGGCGACUGUGACUACCCCCAGAAUGUGGAGUGCGCUAUCACAGAGCCCCCUCCACUGACAGCGGGGCCGGACACUUGCCCCAAGGCAGGCGUCUUCAUCUCCGACGACAGCAGCUGCAAUGGCUACUACUAUUGUAGGGAGGGUGCCGAUGGUCAAAUGCUGCUCCAGCACGGCGACUGCGAUGACGGUCGCUUCUUCACGGCCCGCGCUGGCGGAGCCUGCGUGCCCCGAUCGAACAUCAAGUGCGAGUACAACCGAUGCGUCGGCCUGGGCUAUACGGCCAUCGAACUGGCCAACGAAUCGGAUGACGGAUGCACGGGCUAUGCCAUUUGUCAAGACGGCGUCAAAAUUGGCGAGGGCACCUGCCCAAAUGGCGAUUACUUCGACGAGCAGACCCAGCGCUGCACCGACCAGAUCAUAUCUUAUGUAGCCUGUGCGAUAUCAACCCAAUCCACAACAAAUGCGGCAAUGAUGGAUGAAGACUCAACAAUAGCCACCUGAAAAGCACGCACACAGUGGUAUAU